AUGCCUAAAGCCGCGGCUUUUGAGCACAUGGGUCCAGCUGCGCCUCCGGAAUCUGGCUUCGCUCGUGUUCACUGUUUUUCGACGGCACAACCGCUCUCCGAUGUUCCGCGGAGCACCGGUGCUGAGGGUGUUACCGACACGCGGUGCCCGGGCUGUGCCCCGUCGCUCUCCGUUCAGCCCAACAGCUGCAGCUGGCCCCUUGCGCCGUCGGCAUUGCGUUUUUUUCCCGCACGCACAUGGGAGCACGCGCGUGUUCCCAUGACGCUGGCAACCGUUCGACGCCCAGCACGUGCCAGCGUCCCUCAGUUUUCUCACCCCGCCUGCAUCGUCUCCUCCCGAAGCCCCGCCUUUGGCUUAAGGUUGUGGAGGCCUAGCGAACGAGCCCUAACGAACAAGCGAAAGCGCGUUCGUCAGACCGAGCCCCACUGA